GAGGUUCCACACUUCCUGUUGUGUCUUUGAUUUUCUCUUCUAUCUCAGGCAGACACAGGAGGUCCUUCACGAAGGACCAUGAUUACUGAGUAUCUGUUUUGCAUGCAGAAGGUCCCUGACUCAGUCCCUAACAUCUCCAGAGGAUCAAAUUUUGUCCUACAAAGUACACCACAUGAGGAGCUGGUGAAGUGUUAAGUGUGUGAGGAUAGGACUGAGUCCACAGUGCUCUCUGAAAUUUCUGAGGAAAAACAGAGUAAAGAUCGGUUUUCCAGGAUGGCUGCAUUCUCUGCUUCAGGACCAAACCAUAAGUUGGAGGAGGAAAUAUGAGAAAUGGAGGUUUUAUUAUUCCGCCUGAACAAGCUGCGGGCGGAUUGGCCGAGGCGCUGUGACGCGAGGGGCCGAGCUGCGGAGUAGUUGGGAUUUUGCUCUGUCAGUAACACAUGGGGAAGAGCAACGCAGAGAGGCACCGAGGGCGCCAGCGAGAGGGGCCUCCUUUGCGCGUCCUGCUACCAUCGCCACUGCUGCUAGUAGUAGCAGCGCCGCCGCCUAAGGAAGCCUCGGCGAGUCGUAGGCGAGGAAGCCGCCGCUGUUGUAGCCGAGCUCCGGCUGCUUUUCUUUCCGUCUCAGGACUUUUCCCCCAGGACUGUGGCUGUUUUGUAGUGAGAGCCUUUGGAAGCCGUCCGAGCUCACAAGGGUAAAGGAAGAGGAGGUGGCGGCAGCAGCAGAAAAGGGGUGGGGAGAGAGCUCUAAAGUGCGGCCACAUCUGCCAAAACUUAACCCAGCUAUUGCAGCAACUAGAGCGGCGGCGCCCGUGCUCGCUUUUGCAGCCUAGUAGCAGAGACUGAACUCUGCAGCUCUCCUCAAGGGGAAACAGCAACAGCAGAAGGAAGACGAAGAAGGGGAAGAAACAAGGGAGGGAGGACGGACGGACUGGAACAGGCAUUUCCCGGACAUUCCCCCCCUCCCUCUCUCCUUCUAGCCCGGGCGCUUGUAAUAUCCUGACUCGGAGGGUUCUGCCGUAGCAGCGCGUUGGGUUGGUCCUCCCCCACCUCCUUUUCCUCUUCUGAAAUAUCUCCCUGGCAAACAAGCCUGCCGUUUUCCCACGAGAGCUCUCCAAACGCCACAACCACGUUAUCCACGGCCUCUUGCACCAUAGAGGGGAAACAGACCAUGGUGAACCCAGGCAGCAGCUCACAGCCUCCCCCGGUCACCAGUGGCUCCCUCUCAUGGAAAAGAUGUGCAGGCUGCGGGGGGAAGAUUGCCGAUCGCUUCUUGCUCUAUGCCAUGGAUAGCUAUUGGCACAGCCGGUGCCUGAAGUGCUCCUGCUGCCAAGCCCAGCUGGGAGAAAUUGGUACGUCCUGCUACACUAAGAGCGGCAUGAUCCUGUGCAGAAACGACUACAUCAGGUUAUUUGGAAAUAGUGGUGCUUGCAGUGCUUGUGGUCAGUCAAUUCCUGCUAGUGAGCUGGUUAUGAGAGCACAAGGGAAUGUCUAUCAUCUUAAGUGUUUUACGUGCUCUACCUGCCGAAACCGCCUGGUCCCUGGAGACAGGUUUCACUACAUCAACGGCAGUUUAUUCUGCGAACAUGAUAGACCUACAGCUCUCAUCAAUGGCCAUUUGAAUUCACUUCAGAGCAAUCCACUACUGCCAGAUCAGAAGGUCUGCUAAAAGGUCAGAGUACUGCAGAAUGCGUGCCUUCAUCUCAAACUUUGUUCAUCACAGAUGGAUCCCAUGUCUCCAGUAGACAAGUCACCUUUGUAGCUAGCAUCAAUGCCAGCUCCAUGCCAUUGCACCUUCUUUACUCUUGGUUGCCCUUCCCACAUUUAUUGGUGUAUUAAAAUGACUGAAAAUGAACAUUAAGGACUCCAUGAAUCUGGGCUAAUGGGAGACUUUAGAGGAAAUGGAGAAAAAUAUCCACCGGAAGAGAACAACUUUGGGUUGGGAGGGGUGGGGAAAAUGACUAAUGAAGCUAAUUAAGAUAAGCUUUCAAGUCUGCUUUCUACCCUCAUUAACAAUUAGCAGGGCACUGGUGAGAAUUUGUACCCUGUGUUUUACCUUAACAACAUUCUCUUUGCUCUUUGUAUAUUUAAGUGUUGUAAGGAAAUGUGUUUCAAAACUCAAACAUGAGCUAAAGGAAAGAUGGGGCUCUUGUGAUAUUCUCUCACAAACACUUUUAUUGUAUCUCUGUAAAAUACAAUGUAUGUAUGCAUGUAAGUGUUUUUUGUCCUAAUGUUGCUACUUCCCAUGACACAAAAAAAAGAAAAGGAAAAGGAAAAAAAAUCAAGCUCGUAGCAGCUACAGUGUAGAAAAUUUCACCUACUCCUAAUUUGCUGAAUGAAGAAGGAAAAAACUUUUAUUUGUGAUACUUUCAGAGACAUUUGCUCUAGUAUGGUGUAUUUAAAUAAUAAAAACUUAAAAUGAACAUA